ACUGUUAGGCUUACGUCAUCGGAUCAGAGCAAUUGUCAUUUGUCAGUUCGAAGUUGUGUGUCGGUUGUUGUGUUGUGUUAUUUAGGUUUUAAUUUUUAACCGAAAACUUUUAUUGCAAUUUUUUACUUAUACUGAUAAUUUGACUUUGAUUACAAAAUCAGUGUGCGUUGUGCGAAUCUGUGAUAUGGUUUCGGUGAUUACCAUUAAUUUUAUAGUGUGAUAUAUUAGUCAUCUUCAUACAUGUUUUUUUGUGUUUAAAUUACAACUACUUUGUAAAUUCGAAAUUCAAAUCCGAGAUAAAGAAGAACGAUGACGUCACGCCGCCGUUCCGACACGACGUGAUCCGAUUGGUGCUGGCGUCUUCACGCCUCGUCCUGAUUCGCGGAAAAUGUCCGGUCUACAGACGAGAAACGAGGAUAACAUCAAUGGGGUCGACGUUCGGGAGCAGGGAAGCGCUUUGAGGGUAGCAACAAACACUCCUCAUCUGGUGAGCCUCGGUACUGGAAGACUGAGCACAGCUGUCACUCUACAUCCCAUUAAGCAAGGUCGCGUGACAAUAGGUUCUGAUCCGACAUGCGACAUUUACGUCAUGGGGACAGGCGUGGCGAGCGUGCACUGUCGCGUGGAAAACUCUCACGGCGUGGUCACAUUGUAUCCAAUCAGUGGAAGCACGCUACUGGAUGGUCUACCCGUGGAGAAGCCUACGAGACUAUCUCAGGGCAGCAUGCUGACCAUAGGCCGCUCAAACUACCUCAGAUUCAAUCACCCGGCUGAGGCGAAACUGAUGAAAUCCGUCCUGCCUUCGGGACAUAUUUCGAUGCCCCCGAUCCAAUACCAGCCCAACGAGGAAUGUAUCACCACAGGCUAUUGCACCACAGAGCAACGCUACCAGAACGUAUACAAAGACGUCUCGCUGACGCAAUUGGACCAAGAACUAGAUUUAACACUCAAAGAACUAUCGAAGAGAAAGCCCCCUGCAGUUCCCAAGAAGCUAUUCAAGGACCAAGAUGACUCGAACUCGGAUCAAGAACGUUCCAAACCUUCGAACAUCAAGAGCAAAGUAUCAAAGUUCGAAUACUACGCCAAACAGCAGAAAGUCGGACGCAGCCAGUUUUACACGUCAAACGAAAAUGAGAUCUCGCCAAAAGUGUUCAGCGCCAACUCGUUAACGGUCAACACGCCAGCCAAAGACGUCUUAGGCGACAAAAUGUUGCCAAACUACAUGAAGAAAGACGAGGCGACAGAUAAGACGUACACGAAUGUUGCCAUCAGAAAUAAAAUGAAACUACACGAAACUGUUAAAGGCUUUGAGGACGGUUACCAGCAGAGCGAUGGUUACGGGAAGAUCAAUGGUGAGAUGGAGUUCAAUGAGAGGUUCGGGAGCGUAGGGAAAGUUGUUUGUUUGUCGUCGCCGGCGUUCGAUAGGAACCCGCAGUAUUCUCCGGUGUACACAAACAAUCACUACGACAGGAGCUUCGAAGCUGAAAACCGGAGAAUUAAGGCUUACCAGGAACGCGUCAAAGAAGAAGAACAGAAGGAGGCUGAGACUGCUCGUCUCGAGGAGAUACUGAAUAUGUGCGCGGAAUACGAACGGCAAAUUUCCUCCGGUGUUCCCAUAACCCCGACCGAGAAGAGGCCGCACAACAAGAUCAUCACGAAUGGCUCUCUGCCGCGGAGCGUCACCCUCAACAAUCCCAACUUCGUGCAGACCAACGACGGAUAUUACAAGUUCGAAACUAGUCAAAGUCGAAACGCGUCCUCGAACAAACCGCAACAAAUUCAAAGGAACUUAUCUAGCUAUGAGAAUUACGAUCCCGCGUCCCCCGCCCCGCAACCCGAGCAACUGACGCCCGAGGUCACGAUACCGCGGAACUACGGGAACAUAGGUCGCAUGGACGAGAUAGGCAUUCCCGUCGAUGACGAGAGCGUCUCUAGUCCGAUAACAAUAAGGAGGAACCAAAACGGCGGCAAACCCCCCGCCGCCUCGCCCGUCGGGAGCCCAUACGAGAAUAUGUACUUACGAAACAAUAUGUACAACUUAAACCCCAAAUCCCCGACGACGCAGAGUCCCAGAACGAAAAUAAAGACCAGUUUCGCGCAUAAAAAUUUGAAUUCGCCUCAAUAUUUUGUGUUCCCCGCUCCGCCGCCCGCCGACAGCCCUAACAAACCAGAACUGGACAGGCAGAGUCCUAUCAACAAUGCUAAUAACGUUGUCAACCAUGAAACGGCGACAGUAGACAAUGACUUCGAACGGUUAACCAGUGCAGUCGGGAUAGAAAAGCAGCUUAGUCUCGAAGAAGAGAUACCUAUGAUCGACGAUGCAGCUCAACCCAACGACAUAGAAUUUAGAUAUUCAAGGACUAUAGAAACAAACGAAACGAAACUUGAAGAUUUAGAGCAGACAGGAGAAGAAAAAACGACCCUGGUUAAGAACAAGAGUUUCGAUGACGUCAAAAAGGAGUUAAUGGCCGAUAUACCGGAGCUGGAGGAAUUCGAAAAGGAUUUGAAAAGAAACAAAAGGGACGAUAUAAUAAUUAAGAAUAUUAGUGAAGAUUUUAAGAAGAUAGACGCAGAUGCGGACUCUAUUGAUGGAACGGGUUUAGAUGAUAAUGCAGAUGAACUCAAAGCUAAAUAUGAGAGGUUGAAGGAGGAGAGAAAGAAGUUGGUCACAGAAAUUCAAGAUCUUAAGAUGAAGAUGGCGGAGAUCAGGUCUCAAGAGGACGACGUACUGCGAGAGCUGGAAAUGGAGAAGGCGUUAAUAAAAGGGGAAUACGAUUCGGAGAUCGCGAUCUUGAACAUCGAACAGAAGAAGAGGACCGAGUUAGUUGAGAAGGCGACAAGGAUCGAAGAGGACAUUCGGCUGCUGAAGGAGAAGCAGGAGGCGAGGCAGACUGAGCUGAGAGACAGGGUCGAGAUCGCCACCAUGAAGAUCGAGAACAUCGAGAAAGACUUGAAGCACAACGCGGCCACGGUGGAGGAACUUCAGAACGCCCAGGACAUAUUGGACAACGAAACGAAGAUAUUCGAGGAUCUGGAGUUUCAACAUCUGGAGGAGGAGUCUGAACUGCUGUCGAAUAAAGAAGACAUUCAGAACGAAAUAAACGUUCUGACGAAGAAAAUUGACGCUCAGAAAACGCGCAUCUUGACUUUAAAAUCCGAAGCCAAUAGCAACAUGACGUCGGCCUUGGACGAGACCAAGGUUCUCCACUCGGAGUACGUCAAGCUCCUCACCCAAGUUGAGGAGCUUACGGCCAGGCUGCAGGUCGUAGAGGGGGAGAUGAGGACGCUGCGGGGCGCGGGGGGCAGGCGGUCCCCUCACAGCGCCCCCCUCACGGACGCCGCCCGGUCCUCCCCGCGCAACUCCGACAGCGAAAGUCCGUCUAAGUCUUCCACUUCUUCGAAAGAGAAGAAAGGAUUUUGGGAAAGGAACUUCGAUUCGCUGAAGCGGAAAAAGAAAAUCCGCCCUCCAGACGUCCGGGCCGACGUCAUGACGCAGAGCCUCAACGAGAAUCUGCUGCAUAACAUCCAGAACUCAGACUCCGAUUUCGACCGGUUCAACAGUUUAAGGCACUCGAAGACCAAAAAGGAGCCUGGUCCAGUCAAAAGCAGCUCCUCAUCAAAAAUACCGACGUUUGCCGCGCUCGGGAAGAUCAUGAAGAGGGACUCGUUUGGUAGACGCCGCGGGACGGAUGAAGUCGAGGCCAAGAACCGUUACGUGAAGAACGCGAAACCGGUCACGAAUGACAACAAGUACGUCAAGGCCAAGUCAUUGUCGCCGGACAAGGCGCAUCCCCCGGGGGGGGUUGGGGGGCUGCACAGGAGGAGCUGCGGCGACGAGCCCGGCGUGGUGGACGGCGGCCGGGUGCCCUCGCAGGACGACAUCGACAGGAUCUCGCGGGUGACGACGGACGCGCCCAUACUGCCUACCGACGCCGAUAUGAACACGCUAGGCAAGAGGACCCUGGACAGCCUCAUGGAGGUGGAGAGAAAGCGACUGGAGAUGCUCGAGGAGCAAGGAUGCCAAGUGAUAGAAAACGAGAGAGAGAAGAUAUCGGAGCUAAAGAGAAGAGCACAAGACGAAACGAAGAAAUUGUGGGACCAGAAGUACAGGGAGAGGUCCUUCGAAGGAGACCUCGGGGAGGGGGGAUCGCCCGGAGAGGGGGGCGGGAGGGCGCCAGAGGACUCCAGCGUCAUGGAUGACAGCUUCAUCGGAAACUGUUCCGUCUUCGACGAGAGUUCGGGCUUGUUCUCAUCGUCGAUUGAAGAGUUGCAAGUCAGAAAUUCUCGCACCGAAUCAACUGAGGAAGACAAACGCAGCGAUGACAGUCGUCCGCUCAGCCACGCGUCUGACUUCAGCAGGGACAAUAUUUUGUCGCUUAGCAACGCGCCACGCCGCAGCCGACGCGGCAUCGCACCCUACAGCGAGUCGCAGAGGCCCCUCACGCGGUACCUGCCCGUCGACAGGGAAGACUUCGAUCUGCGGAGACACGUCGAGUCUGCUGGCCACCAAGUCGAACUCUGCCCCUACGUGAGCGUGACUUCGAGUUCGUGCCGCGGGUAUUUACAUAAACUGGGCGCCAAGUUUCACACGUGGUCCAAAAGAUGGUUCGUUUUCGACAGAGAAACGAAAACCUUCGUAUACUACUGGGACAAGAGUGAGAAGAAACCCAGGGGCGGUGCUUAUUUCCAAGUGAUAGAAGAAGUGUAUUUAGAUCACGGCAACACGUCGAAAUCGCCGAACCCACAGACGACGUUCAUAGUCAAAACUAGACAAAGACGCUACUACUUAAUGGCUCCGUCCGGGGAAGCAGCCCGGAUAUGGAUCGAUGUGCUAUUCACCGGCGCCCAGGGAUACACCGAAUACCUCGAGUGACAGCGACCAUCGAUUGACAGAUGUCAAAUCUGACGUCUGUCAAACGUGCUGUACGAUCAUUUCGGUACUUUUUGGUCGCCGAUUAUUAUUAUUUUAGGGACCGUUCUGAAAGCGAAAGAACAAUAGAAUUGAAUUAAAAUAAAGUUUUGUCAAUUUCGAAAACGACUUAAAUUUUUACAAUACGUCAAUUAAUGCAUUUGUGUUUGAAUAUGUAGCAACACUACGGUGUUGCAUUAUAUCGAUACAAAUUUUCCAAUUGUGUAGUGGGUGUUUAAGAAAAAGCGCCUUAUGUUUGUUUGAUUCCUGAACGAAUAUAGUCUUAAUGUAAUUAUAAUGUGUUAAUGCAUUCUCGUGAGUACACAUUAAGUGCGUAAGUGGGUAAAAUGUAUAGGUUUCUAAACAAACAGACAAACGAAUCAGUAUUUUUUUUAAAUAAGUACGUUUUAUAUAAAACACAUAUAAAUUUAUAUGUAUUUAUAUAUAUUUACACACAAAACAAUCGUGCCAAUUAUAUUGUACAAAUAACGUGGGAACGUAUAUUUUUAUAUGUGAAUCUUAAAGUCGCAUUAUAUCUGGAUUCUUAUACGACAUAAAUAAAUAAAUAAAAACAAGAUGUCGAUGCGAAAUACAAAUUUCAUAUAACUCUUAAACCGCUUACAAAGUUUAAUUCAAAACAUUUAGUACAAUAUUUUAUUAAGACAUGUGUCGAUCAAACAUCUAGUCGGUAAAGUUCGCCGACUUUUCAUAUAUAUUAUAUACAUUACAUUAUGUAUAACUAUUUUUUAUAUAACACGUAUUUUAGUAAAUAAUCGGAUUCAUAGGUGCCUUCUAAUAAGACUGAACAAAAAUUAACGAAGACAACAUGUUUGUCAAAUGUAGUCGUAGUUGUGAUAAAAUAAAAAAACCCUUUGCCGGUACAAAAUAAAAGUGUUUCAAAAUAAUAAAUACAGAUAUAUGUAGUAAUCUAUGUAUUUAUACAACAAUGAUAUAUUUUUUAAAUAAAUAUUUUUAAAACAAAUAAACAAAAAAAUUAACUAUAUUGAUUUAUAUUUAUAAAUCUAUAAAGGAAUCAUCAUAAAUAAAUGUUUCUAAAAAUCUGUAUGUUUGUAGAUUUAUGUUUGCUGAACUUUUAAACGAUCGUUGCUUAAUUAAAUCAACGCUUUAUGUAAUGUUACCAUUUUAUUGUAUUUAUUUAUAAAAGGCAACUUUACAUUGUCGUUUUAACUAUCCUAUUGCAUCAUGAAAAUUUACGUUGUAUUUAAAUUGAAUUACAAUUUAGGAAUUUUAUAAUUUUAAAAAUGGCAACUCUAGUUACUUUAACGCGAAACUAUAAUAGUUAAUUUGCCUGUUUUAAUUAUCAUUAAUUAUUUUUGUAAUUUAAUGCUAUUCAGAUUAUACCAAUAUGCAUGUACUUUUAAUUAUUUUCUGGUUUAAGUACCUACUAAAAUGUGAUGAUUUACAGAAUGUCGUACCAGUGUAAAAAUAUCGAUUAUUUUUUUUGUAGCUUGCAACAUUGUAACAUAGUUUUAGUUGAAACGCCUGAUACCAACUUUAUUUUAUUCGAUAAGGUCACAUUAUCAUUAUUAAUCAUCGUGAGAAUAAAAUUAGUAAUAUAUAAA